AUGGCGGCAACGCCGAGCCCGGUACCAACGGCACGCACCUUGUUAACCUCAGGGAAGAGAAGUCACACCACCCACCACACUGAAAGACUGCAAAGCAACUCCAGUGAGAUGUGCCAGACACCGCAUGGAAACAUCAAUGAGCAGUUCCCCUGGAUCCUGCAGUACAUCGCAGCACAGUAUCGGCUUUCAACAAGCCCGGAGGGCGGAGGGCUGGUCUGUGCGGACUCUGCAGGGCUUAAGCUGCCACAGCCAUGGCUCCCAGAAGGACUGGUGCACAUGCCUCAGGAGAGGGCUGGGGGAGAGGACCAAGCAGCUCAACUUACCGACAAAUGA